UUCUCUAGCCGGCGGGGAAAGGAAGCAGAGUUUGUUCCUAACUCUCCCUACUUGACACCAACUUGCGUUAGGGACAGCUUUAACCAAAGGUGAAUUUUUUCCCCUUCUACUUAAGGCUUUGAGAAGAGGCGUUCUUGUGGCCACCAGGUGACAAUAGCCAUGAAGUGGGGCUGGGUGUUAUUGGGGGUCUUUCUAUCUUUGGGGACCCUGUCCUGGGGGGAGAAGGGCUUGGAGAUCCCUGAGUAUGAUGGCAAAGACCGUGUCCAUGACCUUGACGCCAAGAACUACAAGUCCAUCAUGAAAAAGUAUGACGUGAUGGUGAUCUACUACCACAAAAAUGUGGAUGGGAACCGCAGCGCCAUGAAGCAGCUUCAGAUGGAGGAGCUGGCGUUGGAGUUGAUCACAAGUCAAGCAGCAAAUAUCUUUCAGCUUGCAGCCCAAGUUCUGAGCGAUUUUGAUGAUGAGGACAUUGGAUUCGGCCUGGUGGAUGAAAAGAAGGACUCUGCUGUUGCCAAGAAGCUUGGUCUGGAUGAGGUGGAGAGCAUCUACAUCUUUGCCGACAAUGAGAUCAUUGAGUACGAUGGAGAGCUGGCCUCCGACACCCUGGUCGAGUUCCUCUACGAUGUGAUUGAAGACCCCGUGGAGAUCAUCGACAACGAUCGUGAGCUGAAGGGUUUCCACAACAUGGAUGAGGUCAUCAAGCUGGUUGGCUAUUUCAAGAGCGAGAAAUCCCCUCACUUCAUUGAAUACGAUGAUGCCGCUGAGGAGUUCCACCCCUUCGUCAAAUUCUUUGCCACAUUUGACCCCAAGAUUGCCAAGAAGCUGAAGCUGAAGAUGAAUGAAGUUGACUUCUAUGAGCCCUUCAUGGAGGAACCCGACACCAUUCCAGGAAAGCCCUACAUCGAGUCCGAGCUCGUUGAAUACAUUGAGCAGCAUGACAGGCCCACUCUAAGGAAGCUUGAGCCUCACAGCAUGUAUGAGAUCUGGGAGGAUGACAUUGAUGGAGAGCACAUUGUUGCCUUUGCAGAGGAAGAUGACCCAGACGGUUUUGAGUUCCUGGAAAUCCUGAAGGAGGUGGCACGCGAGAACACUGACAACCCCAACCUUAGCAUCAUCUGGAUCGACCCCGACAACUUCCCCCUGCUGGUGCCUUACUGGGAGAAGACCUUCCGCAUUGACCUCUCUUCACCUCAGAUUGGUGUGGUUGAUGUUGAAGAUGCCGACAGCGUCUGGAUGGAAAUGGACGACCAGGAUGACAUGCCCACAGCUGACGAGCUCGAGCAGUGGAUUGAGGACGUUCUGUCUGGAAAGAUCGAUCCAGAUGAUGAUGAUGAUGAGGAGGACGAUGACGAUGACGAUGACGACGACGACGACGAUGAUGAUGACGACGAUGACGAUGAUGAUGACGAUGAUGACGACGAUGAAGAUGAUGACGAGGAUGAUGAUGACGACGAUGACGAUGAUGAUGAUGAUGAUGAUGAUGACGACGACGAUGACGAUGAUGACGAUGAUGACGACGAUGAAUAAAUGUUUACCACCAUCCUACACUUCACUAUAAUUUAGCCAGAAAUGGCAAAACCCAAAAGUAGCACCAGUUUUUUUUAUAACAUCUUGCAGCAAACACACUUUGUGUCUGUUUGCUUUCUGUAUGGUUUCCUGUAAGGGACAAACAUAUGAACCUAUGGGAAACUUUACUGUCAGUAAGGGAAGGAGAUUUUUUAAAGAAGCAGAGGAUUUGCAUCUCUGUUGACGAUGGGGGUUGCAGCUUAAAAUGUUCUAUGUCCUUUGUUACUGUAUUAAAAUAUGCUCACAUCUCUCCUCUGAGCUUCACAGUGAAUGUGAGCAGCAUGUGUGAGGCUAACAGAGGCUGCAUUUUCUACCUAAUGUCACACACCGGGGUUCAGCCCUUUCUCAUUUCUCCAUUUUACUGUAAUCCUGUUUCAAGGACAUGUUUUCUACUUGACGAAGAGAAGAAACAAACUCUUUCUUGAAUUAUUUAUAAAGAGAGUAAAUCUAAACUCACUGGACAGUCUUAAGAUUAUAACAAUCUUGGAAAACUAUGAAGAUACUGGGAAAUAAAGAAAUUACAAAAUAAAUUGUUUCUGCUCUCAUAUUAAAAAUAAAAGACAAAAAUAUCUAAAAA